GCCCGCCGCGGCGCGGGGCGCGCCCCCCCUCGACCGCCAUGCCAGCGGCCGCGCAGUCGGCGCCGGCUCCCGCGGACCCCGCGGGCGGUGGCGUGGCCCAUGCGGCGCGGCGAGGUGGUCGGGCGGCGGAAGGGCCGCAAGCUGCAGGGCAAGCGGCCGCUGCGGGUGCGCGCGGCGCGGCGCGGCGAGGAUGACGGCGAGGGGGGGCCCGUCGGGCUGCACUGGUACGUCAUAGGCCUGAGCAUCCUGGGGGUCGCCGGCCUCUCCGUGGUGAACGUGCUGGCGCUGCCCGACAAGCCGGGCGGCGCCCCGUAUCCGCCGCUGCUCCGGGGCGGCGCCGAGGCGGCCGAGGCUGGCGGCGGCGCCGCGGCGGACGCAGCGCAGCCCGAGGCCGAGCCCGUAUGGAGGGAGCCGCAGACGCCGCCGCCGCAGCAGCCGCCGCCCCGGGUGGAGCCGCCGCCCCCCGCGCGGACGCGGCCGCCGUCGCCGCAGGCGCAGGAGUGGCAGAAGCUCGCGCAGAGGUCCGCGGAUGCAGCCAGCGGCCUGUUGCCGGGCCGUGCGCUGGACCACCCGGCGGGCGCGGGGCAGGCUGCGGCGAAGGGCGGCGUGGCGUCCUUCGAAGGAGACGCGUGGAUGUCCCUCCUCACGGGUGCGGACUCCGACGAGAUCGUGUUCAGCGCCUGGAUCUUCCUGCCGAAGGUGGCGCCGGGCAGCUUUCCGGUCUCGUCGGGCUCCAUGAAGACGAUCGCGUCCACGAAGAUCAGCGGGUGCGAGGUGCAGAGCGAGGCCUCCCAGGGCUGGUCGCUCUGGGUCCACGAGUGGGGCACCACGAACCAGCAGCUGCGGCUGUCCUGGACGGCAGAGGGGAAGGCGUGCAACGAGCUGUUCUCGCGCACGGUCCUCGUGCCCUACGACAGGUGGAUCCGGGUGGGCUUCGCCUUCUCGCGGCAGCAGAACACUGCCCGGCUCUUCCUCGGCGACAGCCUCAUCGCGGAUACCAGGCGGAGCAUUGGCGAGGCCGUCAGGGCUGGCAGCCCCCUGCCCCUGGAGCAGGUGGACAUCACGGCCCGGGCUGUUCGGGCGCCAGGCCAGAAGGCCGCGCUAUAUCUCGGGGCCCACCAGCCCCAGCCCAAGGACUCCACCAGCGUACAGUCGCACGUCUUCAUCGGCUUCAUCGGUGACGUGCGCAUCGUCCACGCGGCCGCCGAGAACGCCGAGGCAGCGCUCCACCUGCUGAGGCUGCCGUCCAGCGACCUGCUGGCCCAGGCGAUCGUGCCGGCCUCCGCGAUCGCCCUGGAGGUGCAGUUCCAGGUCGGCGCCGAGCCCGAGAACCUCGUAGACAGCAUGGCCAUCACCGCGCGGCGCAGCGACAACCCCGCGGAGGACAGCGGGGCCGUGGCCCUCGUGCCCUAUGCGGAGCAGCCGCGCGCCCCGAUCCUCGCGGACACCGGCGUCGUGGCGGGCCCGCCAGGGCCCACGCUGGAGCCCGCGGCACUGCGCGCGACCUGGCCGGCCGAGUGGACGAGGGCCUGGAGAGCGAGGAGCAGCUGA